AUGUUCAUUAAAAACGACCAUGUUGGCGACAGAAGUCGUCUAGAAGACUGGAGAAUCAAAGGCUACGACCCUUUGACGCCUCCAGACUUGCUGCAGCAUGAACUACCGGUUUCCGCCAGGGGUCACAAAAAUAUCGUGGAAGCCAGAGAGCAGGUGUGUGACAUUUUGAAUGGGAAAGACGACAGACUGGUUAUUGUGGUAGGUCCAUGUUCGAUUCACGACCCCAAAGCGGCGUAUGAGUACUGCGAUCGUCUCGCUGAACUGUCUAAGAAACUCUCCAAGGACCUAUUGGUGAUCAUGAGAGCGUACCUGGAAAAACCCAGAACCACUGUGGGCUGGAAGGGUUUGAUUAACGACCCGGACAUCGACAAUUCGUUCCAGAUCAACAAAGGUUUGAGAAUCUCGAGGGAAAUGUUCACUACUUUGGUGGAGAAAAUGCCCAUUGCCGGGGAAAUGUUGGACACCAUCUCGCCACAGUUUUUGAGCGACUGUCUGUCACUAGGUGCCAUUGGCGCCAGAACCACCGAGUCGCAACUCCACCGUGAGCUUGCUUCAGGCCUUUCCUUCCCUAUCGGCUUCAAGAAUGGUACUGAUGGCGGCCUUCAGGUAUCUGUUGACGCCAUGAGAGCCGCUUCCCACACACACUACUUCUUGAGCGUCACGAAACCCGGUGUCACGGCCAUCGUGGGUACAGAAGGUAACAAGGACACCUUCAUUAUCCUAAGAGGUGGUAAGAAGGGCACCAAUUUCGACGCUGAGAGCGUCAAACAAACACAGUCAGAACUAAUUAAAGCCAAGGUUGCUGACGCUGAGGGUACUCAGAGAAGAAUUAUGGUUGACUGCUCCCACGGUAACAGCAGUAAAGACUACAGAAACCAACCCAAGGUUGCCCAAGCCAUCUACGACCAACUUUCCGAAGGUCAAAAUGCUAUUUGUGGUGUUAUGAUCGAAUCUAACCUGGUAGAGGGAAGACAGGACGUGCCUCCGGAAGGUGGCCGUGACAAAUUGAAAUACGGCUGUUCGAUUACCGACGCCUGUAUCAGCUGGGAAACUACUGAAGAAGUCCUAACAAAGCUUGCGGAAGGUGUUCAAAAGAGAAGAGAGGCUUUGAAAAAAUAA